AUGAACAACGUCGCCGCUGUCAUUAAAGUUUUAGUUCAAAACCUCAUCGACCAUUCCAAGAAUGAAAUCUCACUUAUCCGAGGUCUCGACAAAGAAGCUGCAAAGCUAGCUGGGAGUUUAGAUAUGAUCCAGCAUUUGUUGAACGAUGCUGAGAGCCGUACCAUUCCCGGUGGGGCUGUCAAAAGCUGGCUGAGGAAGCUCGAAGACGUGGCAUUCGAUGCUGACAACGUUUUGGAUGAGCUCAACUAUCAUCUUCUCUCCAAACGAAUCAAGUCCAUCAAGCCCAUGAAAGAGAAGGUACUUUCAUGCUUCUCAUCUUUGAGUUAUAUUGCGCAUCCCAGAAAUAUAGCUCUUAAAAUCCAAGAAAUCAAUGAGAAUUUGGAGUCCAUUUACAAAGAGGGAGCUGGGCUUGGCCUCAAAGAGACUCUUGCCACCAAUGUGCCAACUUUGCCUGCUUUUGAAACUGACUCACUCACUCUUGAUCCAAUUUUCAUUGGAAGAGAUGAGUUGGUGUCAGAAAUAGUUGAGGUUAUUAACACUAGUACCACCACUGAUGAACGUAUAAUUUCUAUCGUUGCCAUUGUGGGAAUGGGAGGAUUGGGGAAGACAACCUUGACUAGAAAAGUCUUUCAUCUUCUAAAACAAAAGAAUCUGUUUGGAUCACAUAUUUGGGUGCAUGUUUCUCAAAUUUUUGAUCCAAUCAUUCUUUUCAAGAAAAUCCUCAAAUGCUUAACUUCUACUGAUCAAGUUGAGAGUAGGGAAGAUAUUAUGAAAAAUCUUCAAGAAGCUUUGAAAGACAAAACUUAUCUUCUUAUUCUUGAUGAUGUAUGGAAUCAAGAUCGUCCCAAGUGGGAUGAUUUUAUCAAUUCUUUGGUUGGCGUCACUUCUACCAAGAGGAAUGCAAUUGUUAUUACCACUAGAAAUAUGGAAGUCGCUUCAAGUAUGCAAUUACUUUAUAGACAUCAGCUUGAAGGAUUAUCACAUGAAGAUUGUUGGUCAAUAAUCAAAGCAAAAACUUUUGGAAAAGAGGAUAUUCCAUCAGAGUUUGAGGCCAUAGGGAGGAAGAUUGCAACAAGAUGUCAAGGUUUGCCAUUAGCUGCCAAUGUAGUUGGUGGAGCACUAUGCAAUAAAUCUGAAGAAGAAUGGAUCUUGAUCGAAGAGAAAUGGCUUUCGUACAAUGAAGGGGGUCAUAUCACAAGGAUUUUGAAGUUGAGCUUUGAUAAUUUGUCUCUGUCAUCACUCAAGAAGUGUUUUGCAUAUUGUUCGAUUUUUCCUAAAGGUCACAGAAUCAAAAGUCAGCAGCUGAUUGAGAACUGGAUGGCAGAAGGAUUUCUUGAAGCUAAUGGAAGCAAUGAAAUGGAAUGCUUAGGUGACAAAUUUAUGAAAGUUCUUCUGAACAACUCUCUACUACAAGUUGCAGAAAGAGAUAAUUAUGGAAAUGUGAAGAGUUGUGUGAUGCACGAUCUUGUGCAUGAUCUCGCGUGUGCAAUUUCAGGUUCUUCUAAUAUUAUAGAAGGCGGGAGCCGAGUGAGAUACAUGAUUCAUGAAGAAGAAAGUUGUAUUCCAACAGAAGUGGCAAAAUAUUUGCGUACGUUACUGAUCAGGGGAAACGUUUAUGGUAACAGGUUUGCAGAUUUCGAGUGUCUACAUGUUUUAAUUCUUGUAGAUCAUGAAUGUAAUAAGUUGCCAAGUUCGAUAAGGAAGUUGAUACAUUUAAGGAAACUUGAUAUUUCGUCGACGCUUAUCAAUUAUUUGCCGGACUGGAUUGGUGAACUCCAUCAGUUGCAAACAUUAAAUGCAUGUACACGAAGAUUGAGGGAACUGCCUAGUUCUCUGAAGUACUUGAUUAAUUUAAGGAAUCUUUACAUUGAUGAUGGUGUAGAGUUGCCAACCGAGAUUGGGAGUUUAACUUCUCUCCAGGCGCUAAAGUAUUUUAAAGUUGGUGAGAAAGAUGGAUGGAAAAUUGAAGAGCUUGGAAGUUUGAAUGGUCUCAAAGGAACACUGGAAAUUUCUAAUCUUGAAAGGGUUGAUAACAAGGAAGAGGCUGGGAAAGCUAAUCUAUCUAUUAAGUCAAAAUUAUUGAAAUUGGUUUUGACAUGGAAUGGGAAUAGAGAAGGUGAAACUCCAAAUGAUGAGAAUGUAUUGGAAGGUCUUCAACCACACUCAAAUCUGAAAAAAAUAGUGAUUGAAGGAUUCAAGGGAAAUAGAUUUCCAUCCUGGACUCGAAAUAUGGUAAUUGAAAAUGUGUCUCAACAAGGUUGUUGGGUACCACUUAACAAGUUGAUUGAGAUAAAACUAUCCAAGUGCUCAGAAUGUGAAGAAAUCCCAAUGUUUGGGCAGUUGUCAAAUCUCAAGUGUCUCUGGUUAGAAGGAUUGACAAAUUUGAAGUCCAUAAAUUCUUCUUUCUACAGAAUAGUGAAUGAGGAGACACGUCUUGUUUUUCCAGCUCUAGAAAGGCUCGUGUUGGUUGAAAUUCCUAAGCUGGCAGAGUGGGCAGAAGUAGAAUCUGCAGGUGCAAGUGAUGUGAAGGUAUUUCCUAACCUCCAACACUUGGAGAUCUCUCAAUGCAAGCAAUUGAUGAGUUUUCCUAAUCAUUCGGGGUCAUGCCUCAAAAGUUUGAGAAUCAGGGAGAUUGGGAGCAUGCCUUUAACAUGCAUAUUCAAAACGAAAUUAAAGUUGCUGACAGAGCUUUGGAUAGAAGGAAUAGAUGAUCUGGAAUAUCUCCCAAAUUGGCUAUUCUAUAACAAUCCCAAUCUCUUGGAGUUAAAUAUAAAAAAGUGUUCCAAUUUGAGAGAAUUACCAGAUGGUCUAGGCACCCUCAAUUCUUUGGAGAAGUUGGUUAUAAGAGACUGUCCAAAUUUGGAACUAGUAUCAGAUAUUGGUGCACAACAAUCACAAGGAAGCCUCACAUGUCUUAAAAGUUUGGAGAUUUGUGAAUGCAAAGCUAUGCUGUACAUACCAUGUGAAAUGGUAGGAUCCUUGCUUGAGGUAUUGGUGUUGAAGAAUUUAAGUAGCCUAAAGAAUCUACCUAGAAUAAUUGAUUGUCUGCCGAAAUUGCCUCGUCUAACACGUUUAGGAAUUACUGGUGUUUCUCAAUUUAUGGCCACUUUUUCUUGGAGUCAACUUAUAAUAGAUGUUAGUAUGGAGGGAUCCAUGGAGACCGUUGAUGGCUUAUUGAAAAGAUGCAAUUCCCGCUCACUUUUUCAUUUAAUAUUGAAAGGGAGGGAAACUUGGGGAAAUUUGCCAGAAUCAAUUCAACAUCUCACCUUUAUUAGCGUUUUAGUGAUAGAGAAUUAUGGAAUGGAAGAGUUGCCUGAAUGGUUGGGGAACCUCUCAUCUCUAUGGCAAUUGUUUAUAUAUGAUUGCAAGAAGUUAAGGCGUCUACAUGCACUGCAGGGCCUCAAAUCACUUCGAUUCUUAGGAAUUAAGGGCUGUCCAGAAAUAAGUAUUGAACAACAAAGUGAUGCAGUUGAUUCCCAAUGGCCCAACAUUUCACAUAUCCCCAAGAUCGAGAUUGAUGGAGAUAGAAUAGGUGCGUCUGAAUACAUUUUCUGGUUUCCUUUUAAUAGAAGCAGUUGCAUGUCUAUUUCCUCACCACCACGUUAUAUUGACUUUCAGUGA